AGACGUAGUAAGCAGUGGAGUACAGAGAUAGUAAUCUAUAUCCCUAUGUGAAUAUAGAUUGAGGUAUCAAUGUUCCUCCGACCCUGAUCCCCUUCCCUAUGCAGCGACGGGUAUAUAACGAGUACUCCGGCCUGCAAUAGCAUUAUCCUUCUCUGCAGCAGGACAAGCAACUUACCAACAUGUACAAGAUCGCAAUCCUCUUGGCCGUCGUCGCCUCCGCCUCAGCCGGAUACCUUGCUGCCCCCGCCGUCUCCUACGCCGCCCCCGCCUACGCCACCGUAGCUCACGCCCCAGCAGUGUCCUACGCCGCCCCAGUCGCCGCUGUAGCUCAUGCUCCAGUCGCUGUCGCCCAUGCCCCAGUCGCCACCUCCUACGCUAACACCUACAGGACCGUCACCAAUGCAGUUCGUGUAGCCGCCCCCGUUGCACACGUCGCCCCCGCCGUAUCCUACGCCGCCCCAGUCGCUGCCGUCGCUGCCCCAGCCUACGGCGGUCUUGGAUACGGAGGAUACGGACUUGGAUACAGGUCUGCUUACGGACUUGGAUAUUCUUCCUACGUCCACUAAGUUCUUUUCAGUGCGAACAGCUUAAAAUUCGAUAUCAGUGUCCUACCCAAAUUUAAUUCCUACAAUAGUGAUGAUUAAUAAAUAAUUUAUUAUUUAACAGUGUUGUUAACAGAUGCCUAAGACCUUUUUUUUUUUUUUU